AUGCAUGCCCCGGCCCUUCUUCUGGGAGUGGCCUCGGCCGUCCACACAGCUGCUGCCUUCUGGAUGGGAGAUAUCGCACACCAAGGACUGUCUCCAUUCAACACCGACGCGAGUUACACCGUCUUCCGAAACGUGAAGGAUUUUGGUGCAAAAGGAGAUGGAGUUACCGACGAUACUGCUGCCAUCAAUGCGGCCAUUAGCCAAGGAAACCGCUGUGCUAUGGGCACCUGCAAAGGUUCAACAACGACGCCUGCCGUGGUUUACUUUCCUGCCGGAACAUACAUCGUCUCGGACUCGAUUCUCCAGUUCUAUUACACACAAUUAAUCGGCGACCCUACUGCAAUGCCCGUCAUCAAAGGCUCCCCGUCCUUUCCCGCAGAGGGCAGGCUGGGCCUAGUGGAUGCUGAUCAGUACCAGUCCUCAGGGGCUCUUGCCUACCAGGCCACGAACGUUUUCUUCCGCCAAAUUCGUAAUCUUGUCCUUGACACCACGAGUAUGCCUGGCAAGGCUACUGCCCUUCAUUGGCCGUCGUCACAGGCAACCACAAUUCAGAAUUGUGUAUUCAAGCUUGGCAAUGGGCAUACAGGAAUAUUUAUGGAGGAGGGCAGCGGUGGUUUCAUUGGCGACCUCGUCUUCUACGGCGGUCAGUAUGGUGCCCAAUUCGGCAACCAACAGUACACGGCGCGCAACCUGACAUUUUACAAUGCGGAUACUGCUAUCUUGCAGCUGUGGGACUGGGGAUGGACUUAUAAGACUAUCAAUGUGGUCAACUGUCGAGUUGGAAUCAACAUGAGCGCCACUACUGUUGGGUCUGUUACCCUUCUAGACAGCCUUAUGAUUGACACCACUGUCGGUGUCGUUACUGGCCGUGAUCCUGACACCACACGUCUGCCUGGUCAAGGCUCUUUUGUAAUGGAAAAUGUGAUCUUCAAGAAUGUGGGGACAGUCUACCAGGGAAUUGACGGUGUUAUUAUCGAAGGGAACAGCGGUGGCUCUAUAAUUCAAAGAGGCUAUGUUAUGGGCAAUGUGUAUGUGCCAGAUGGCCCCACCUUCUUCCAAGGCUCGAAUAUCGAUUAUUUCCCUGUUCCGACGACUCUCCUGCUGGGCAACAAAUAUUAUGAGCAGUCGAAGCCACAGUAUGAGAAGACGCCCGUAGAGUCGUUCUUAUCGGCACGAUCACAGGGGGCGAGGGGAGAUGGACAGACCGAUGAUACCGCAGCACUCAAUGCUCUGUUCCAGGCCGCAUCUGAUGGCUAUGACAGCGGCGUCGUUGCUUUCGUGGACGCUGGCUAUUACAAAGUCACUGAUACCAUUUUUAUCCCGCCCAACACUCGCAUUGUUGGCGAAGCUCUAUCGUCUGUCAUCAUGGGCGCUGGGUCAAAAUUCUCCAACAUAGACUCUCCUUACCCCGUUGUGCAAGUUGGCAAGGCGGGUGAUGAAGGCCGGAUUGAAUGGAGUGACAUGAUAGUCUCGACGCAAGGUGCCACUGCCGGUGCGGUUCUGAUCGAAUAUAAUCUCGCAACGCCACGCGGCACCAAAUGCGGCACUGGAAAUUACCCUUCAGGCAUGUGGGAUGUCCAUGUCAGAGUUGGUGGCUUUGCCGGCUCCGAUUUGCAGGUUGCACAGUGUUUGAAGACGCCCCAGAGGCAGGAUUAUGUGAACCCGAACUGCAUUUGCGCCUAUAUGAGUAUGCACAUUACCUCAAGUGCUGGUAAUUUGUACAUGGAGAACAAUUGGCUCUGGGUCGCCGAUCAUGACAUUGAAGACUGGAACAACACCCAGAUCUCCCUUUUUGCCGGACGAGGUCUGCUAGUAGAGUCGACCGCCGGUCCCCUCUGGCUACUUGGCACAGGGGUUGAGCAUCACGUUUUGUACCAGUACCAAUUUGUCAACACCGCAAAUGUGUUCAUGACCCAGAUUCAGACAGAGUCUCCCUACUAUCAACCUAACCCGCCUGCUCCUAUUCCAUUCACCACUGUCAACGCCGAAUUGUACGAUCCAGACUUCGCUGGCGACUGCGCGAAUGUUAAUGGUCAUACCAUUGGGGGGACUAAUGAGACUGCCCCUUGCGAGAUGGCAUGGGGCUUGCGCAUCAUCAACAGCAAGAAUAUCAAAGCCUUCGGUGCCGGCCACUACAGCUUCUUCAACAAUUAUUCCACGGACUGUAGCGCCCAAGGCAACGGGGAGGUUUGCCAGGCCCGUAUUGUCUCGGUCCAGGGUGCUCAAGGUGUAGAGAUCUACAAUCUUGACACAAUUGGCAGUGUUUCGAUGAUCACGCGAGAAGGCGCAGAUGUCGCCGUCUAUGAGGACAAUGUUGCUGGCUUCGCUGAUACGGCAGCUCUAUUCAAAUACUAA